GUAGGAGGCGGAAAUGCGCUUUUUACGUUGGGUUUCCAGUCACGAUUAAACAGCAGCAGAAGAAGAAGACAUCCUGCAGUCUGGCGUUCAGACUGAAUCAUCUUCAUAAAAUAAGACUAAAACAUAGUUUUAAUAUGUUCGCAUGUUAGCAGCAUCUUUAUACUUCAGCUCUUCAUCGACAGAACGAGCAUCUGAAUCAGAGCUGAUAAUGUUCACAGACAUGGACUAUGAGCUGGAGGAGGACAAACUUGGGAUUCCUACGGUUCCUGGAACAGUGACUCUGAAGAAAGACUCGCAGAACCUGAUUGGGAUCAGUAUUGGGGGCGGAGCUCAGUUCUGCCCGUGUCUCUACAUCGUACAGGUGUUUGAUAACACUCCGGCCGCUCUGGACAGCACUCUGGCUGCCGGUGACGAGAUCACAGGAGUGAACGGCAAACCGGUGAAAGGAAAGACUAAAGUAGAGGUGGCCAAGAUGAUCCAGGCAGUGCAGGAUGAUCCAGUCUUGAUCCAGUAUAAUAAACUGCAGGCCGACCCGAAGCAGGGCAAAUCUCUGGAUAUCGUGCUGAAGAAGGUGAAGCAUCGGCUGGUGGAGAACAUGAGUUCAGGAACCGCAGACGCUCUGGGACUCAGCAGAGCCAUUCUGUGCAACGGUCAGAUCAUUCCCAGUGUUUCAUCACGAAUGCAUUACAACACUGGUUUCUGCACAUAUUAAAGACACUACAACAAGUGACUGCAGUAGCAGACUCCUAAAUGCUUUUCAAUCUAACUUAUGAAUCAUUAUUGCACAUUGCAGUAAUGAGAAAGAGAUGUGUUGCAUGACAGAAUCUUUGUUUGGGAGCAGAGUACUGAUAGGUUCAUGUGAGGAUGUAAUCUGUGACAUGAGAAAUCACGUGUGUGUGUGUGUCUCUCUGUGUGUGUGUGUGUGUGUGUGUGUGU